AGCAACACUGAAAGUCGUAUGACAACAAGUGACACCCAAUCACGACCCAGGUGAAGUGCGCGCGAAAACUUCUGCUUGUAGUGUCGCGCACGCCGUGUCAAUGCCGGCGCGGCUAUUAAGCGGCCGAGCCUUCGCGGCCGUUGCGGAAGUGAGCAUGACAGACCAGUAUUUCAUCACUUUAGAGUCCCUCACGCAGGCAACCAUCAUCGCUGUUGUUGGCGUCGCUAUCAUCAUCUCUAACCUUCUUAUCAUUGCUGCGUUUCUUAACUUCAAGGGUUUAUCAAACGAAGUGAUUAAUUAUUACUUGCUGUCGCUGUCAAUCGCAGACCUGCUGUGUGGCGUAUUCAUAGUCCCAUUGUCCGUGUACCCUGCGAUAACAGGACGCUGGAUGUUUGGGGAUCUCAUGUGCAGACUCGUCGGCUAUCUUGAGGUCACUCUGUGGUCCGUCUCUGUAUAUACAUUCAUGUGGAUAUCGGUUGAUCGAUAUCUGGCAGUUAGGAAACCGCUCCGUUAUGAGACGGUUAGUGCGACGGUACAAACGCGUACUAGAAGUCAAUGUUGGAUGGUCUUCACAUGGGUAUCAGCUGCGAUGCUCUGCUGUCCUCCACUUCUUGGAUACAAGAAGGAUGCGAGCUUUGAUAAAGAAACACUCAUAUGUAUGCUGGAUUGGGGAACGACUUACGCGUAUACCGCUACUUUAGGUAUGCUGGUUCUGGGUCCCAGUGUUAUUUCUAUAGUUCAUAACUAUUUUUAUAUUUUUGCAAUGAAACGUAAGUUGAACAGUGGCACACCGAUUCACGACAAAGAGUACGCGACGGCUUUAGCAGAGAAUUUAUCCAACCCGAGUCAUUGUAUGAGUUUUGUAAUGGUCACUACAUUUUGGCUUAGUUGGACGCCCUAUGCCGGUGUUAGAACCUACGAGUUCUUUACCGGAGAGGAGUUGAGGAUACCCAUGUUGCAUUUUGGAAUGGUAUGGCUCGGAAUACUUAAUUCAUUUUGGAAAAUCUUAAUAUUGAUAUCGUUGAGUCCGCAGUUCCGUCUUGCGAUGCGUAUUCUAUGCUUGACGGCGUGCUGUCGCUCCAAAGGCCGCCUACAAGCAGAACUCCUCGGAUUGGAUAAUGAUGAUUGAUCUCUAUUUCGCUGUCAGAUUUUUUCAUAUUGUCAAUACACGAUUCGAUUAACGAAUAUCAACUGUUUAGAAUAUAUAUACAGAGUGCUUUCGUUGAACUUACAUGACUCGACAACGAGUCUUACUUUAGCGCUAUAUUUAAGAAUAAGAGCAAAUUGUUGUGCAACGUUCUAAGUCAACUAAGAACAUUUGAGGAAAGCCAGUGUACAAAAAUAUAUAAUAAGAUUAAAAUCAAUUCCAUUCGAAAUAAGAGAAUGUUAAAGUAAUCCGACGGCAAAAAACACGUAGUAAUAGAAAAAUAUUUUUGUAAGUUACUAGAUAAGUAUGUGGCCAUUGUAAAAAGUUGCGAGUCUUUGUAUGUUACGAUAUACCAACUUUCACUUAUAAUAUAAUCAAACUUUGAGAAAUCUAAUUAUCUGAGAGAACCUUUAUUUAAUCAGAACUUGGAAAGCUGUUUAAAAAAAAUAAUAAAAGAAACUCAGUAUAAAUAAUAUAAUAUUUAAUAUAAUAUUUACAAUUCAACAAUUUUUUUACUAAUUAAUUAUGAUUUUAUUAUACGGUUAACAAUCAUUUACUUUUCUAUAUAAUUUAUAGGGUUGAAGUUGUUCUACUCUUUCCGAAAACUAUUUUAUAGAAUGUUAAGCGUAUUAAGGUAUUGUGUAGUAAGUAAUGUUCAAUAAAAUUGGAGGACUUUUGAACACGAUAGAAUCUUUUGGGGAGGUCAAUUUCGCUACACAAGAAACACAUUGAAAAAAAAUUCAAGAGUAUGGAAUUCUUCAAUGUAUUUUUUAUGAAAUAGUAUAAUUUUAUUGAUAUAUAUUCUACUAUAGCCGUGUACAAAUUAUUGGUAACGAUUAUUUCAGAUUUAAAUUAUUGUUUUAGUAAAAUAUUAUGUUCGAAAUUAAAAUUGACGUGGAAUAGAAUUUAUGAUUGAAUAGUACCUACGUAGAGACUUCUCAAUAACUAGAUGACUCGAUCGACGUGGUUUUUUUCAUAAUAAAAAAAUGUUUUUUAUCAUAAUAAAAAUGUCUACCAAAGGCGAGCUCUGUUUUCGUGGGACGUAAAGAAGUCGAGCGGGCUGGAUGGCAUUCCUCCCAUUGUGCUCAGAACGUAUCGGAAGUUCCUCAGCUCAGAAGUUGACGCCAGUGCUAACGCGUUUAUUCCGGCACUCAUUCUCAAAAGGCGUACUUCCUGACUCAUGGAAGUCAGCCCUUGUCCAUCCAAUCCAAAAAAAAAACGACUCGGGACGCCCGACUGAAGUGAUAACCUAAACUAAGUUGAACUAUUUAACUCGAGAAAAGCUUAAUUAUUUAAUUCGAGAAACUUAAAUUUUAUGUAUAUUAAUAUGAUAAUGUAAGGAAAGAUUAUUUAUUAAUAGAAUCUUUUAUUGAUUAUAAAAUAUAUUUUAUUCUUAAUAUAUUGUAUGUACAUUAUAAGUAUCAUUAUUUAAUCCUAUAAAAGUAACGACAUUUUUGUGAUGAUGACAUACAAUGUCAUCUAAAAAUCUUGCAAAGAUGGUUUUGAUAUUUAAUUAUUAUAGAUUAACGAAAAUGGGUGUAUGAGCUUGAACACUUUGCAAGUCCUAAUAAUGGACGAAGAAACGAGAAAUAAAAGUUCGAAUGUCGUAAACGUUAGAAAAUUGCUGUAAUCUAGGAGAAUCGUCAAAUCAAAUGCAUUGAUAAGUAUAUUUUUAAUUUGUCGACAAUAUUUAUUAACUAUUAAUUUUACUUGUUACCAAUUUUUAACACAGUUAAGUAAGUUAGUAAUGAAUUGUAUUUAAAAAGAGUUAAAAAUGUUUGUAAUAAAUUUAUUGCUCUCAUGGCACAUACGCAACACACAUAAUCUAUAAUGUUCAUGGCUUUCAUUCAAAGAGUAUAAUAAUAUGUAGGGAAAAGAGAGCCCUCUCUACGCAUUAUGAGCUGUCUAUUUGAAAGCUGGCGCCAUCUGUAGAUUGGCCACGAAACUAACUAUAUAUAAGCUCCAAAUUAUAAAAUUCAUUUUUAAUGUUCUGACGCAAUUAAAUAACUAACUGUACCUUUUAAUGUAGGUAUUGCAAUUGUUUACCAUGUUGAAAUUGCGCGUAGAGUUAGUUAUCUAAUUUUGUCACAACAUAGAAUAUAGAGGAUAGAUUUAGUAGUGUAAAUAUGCAAAAUGGAACACGAGAGCUACAUACAUGUGCAAACGCUAGGCGUAGCCGCCAUUUUAUGACCAGUGGGCAGUAACACAAAUAAAGAAAAGUUGAAAGGUUUCAAAGCGAGUGACAGCUGCCAAAGCUUUCAUUUUCGGGCCAACUAACAGAUGGCACUACAGUCUUCUGAAAACGUCACUUUAAGGCGUCUGUCCCACCCCUGCUUUCAUUCCUUUCAGCGUUUUGUCCAUAGACUUGCGGAUUAUUUUCAUGUUAUUCCAUUUACUGAUAAGCUUUACUGAUAUGCGUAUAUAUUAUACUAAUAAUCUCUCUAUUUAUUGUUAUUAUAUAACAGAUAGGUAUACACAAUAUCCUAUUAUUUCGAUCCAGUUAGAUAGGCUAGGUCAGAACUCGGAUGCGAGUAACUCUUAGCAUAUUGACACUUGACACUAAUACGAGUGGCGUUCAAUAAAUAGUGGGAUUGACGUGCAAACAAUAUGGAACCAAGACACGUAAACAUUGGCUGAUAUAGUUAUAAGUCUGAUUAUAUAAGAAAAUAAUUUAAUUAUUAUGUUUUCUUUGAAAUGGAGUUAUAGUUUUGUGUUUCCGAAAAAAGAUAAAAUGUAAUUGCGUGUCCUUGAGAAUUUGAGUAUGUAACUAGUUAAGCGAAAUUUACCGGAUACUUUAGAAUUUACCUGAAGCUGGAAUGUAUUCUACGGUUCCUCUUUCAGGCCCAUCAAUGACCGAAAUAUGAUUUAAAAAGUUAUAGAAAUUGCUUGAGCAGAUCGUCAUGUAAACAAAGUUGUCAUCUGGUAAUUUGUAUAGCAUUAAAUACGAAGACUUUGGGAUGAAGACGUAAUGACUACUAGGAGGGUACCAUAGCUGCGCCUUCUUAGACUUCAUGCUGCUCAGAACAUUGGGUUUAAUAAUCGUGUGGCACUACAUCGUCAUAGGCAGAGCGUAUUAUUGAACACCAGUUGGUGUCAGCGAACAUACAUAGUUGUAGAUGAGAUGUGCUUGUGUUGCAUGCGCAACGUGACGAGGCGAGAGGCGAGGGUGUGGCGGCGGCGGGAGGACACCGAUUCCAAACAUAACACAAAUUAUAACUAGAAUUAGAUUAAUUAGAUUGUAUAAAAAUACAACGUACGACACGCCACAAAUUAGGAUAUCAUCCCCACCAUCUGGAUGUGUGGCGGUCUUCCACAGUGCGGUUUUCAAGGAACUUUCUUCCACGUACUACAAAGCUGUGGAGUGAGCUUCCUUGUGCGGUGUUUCCGGGACGAUACGAGAUGGGUACCUUCAAAAAAAGCGCGUACACCUUCCUUAAAGGCCGGCAACGCUCUUGUGAUUCCUCUGGUGUUGCAAGAGAAUGUGGGCGGCGGUGAUCACUUAACACCAGGUGACCCGAACGCUCGUUUGUCCUACUAUUCCGUAAAAAAAAAUACGCAAUAAAAUUUUUAGUGCAUAUUAUAUCUAUUGUUUUAGAGUAGUAUUUUCUGAAGUCGGUUGUUUUUUUGCUAAAAAAAUAUUUUUAUCUAUAUCUUAAAAAAAGUACAAAUUUUGUCCUUAGGACGACAAAUUAGUUUCAGUUAAAAAUUUUCAAAUAAAUAUUAAUGUUCAAGUUACGAAGAUAAAAGUUGGAAAUCAUACGUAUGAUUAAGUAGUUUAAAUGAUUUAAAGGCUUCUUCUGCCAUUUACUAUAAGUUGUGUAGUGUAUAAAGUCUCUAAGAUAAAAUUAUUUACAAACAUAAAAGUUAUACUUGGUCUCAAUAGAAUAGAAAAAAUACUUGUUAAGACGCUUACUGCUUUUUGUAUUACAAUUUAAAGAUAUUCUGUGUUAUAAUAUGAACCUUAUUAAAGUAAUAUUAAAGAUUACAAUACAAUAAUGUUAGUACAUGAAGGUAUAAAAUUUAAUUAGU